UUGUUAGCCAGUUCACUGUCUCAGAGAUCACACAACAUCAAAAAAUUGUAAUCUUGCUAAAAAAUAUUGCGAUAUUUUCCAAUGAGCUGUAAUCAUCGUUCAGUCAACUAGAUAUGCCUCCAAAGAAGGAUGCUAAAGGUGGCGCCAAGGGAGGUGUAGGUGGAAAGAAAGGAGCAUCCGGAGCAGACGAAGCCGGUGGCAAAGAGAAGAAAGGUGGUAACGCGGUAAAAGUUCGUCACAUUCUGUGUGAAAAACAAGGAAAAAUAUUGGAGGCAUUGGAAAAACUUAAGGAAGGACAAAAUUUUAACGUCGUUGCCACUAACUAUAGCGAAGACAAAGCCCGCCAAGGAGGGGACCUGGGCUGGCAAAUACGUGGGGCUAUGGUAGGUCCAUUUCAAGACGCUGCUUUUGCGCUACCCAUAUCAACGAUAAACGCGCCGAAAUAUACCGACCCGCCAAUUAAGACAAAAUUUGGUUACCAUAUUAUUAUGGUUGAAGGGAAAAAAUAAAAUAAUGCAGUUGUUUCAUAAAAAAUGA